GUGGGCUGCCCCUUCAAAAACCACCUGGAAGAGGCUCGCGGGAGCGGCACCGCCUUGAGGGCUGGCUCGCUCGUGCGACAGGGGGAUUAAAAGGCAACAAUAUGCAAAUCGAGCUUCGAGGUUUUUGAGUGGUGUCGCCAGAGCGCGAGGGGAACGUUUCUCUUCGCGCCCGGCGGGCCAAGUUCUGGUUCGCGCUCGACUCGGGGCAUGUUUGCGCCGCCUCGGCAGAGCUAAGGAGCGAGGGAGCGCCGAGCUUGUCGCCCAAGGCCGCCUUUCGGCGCUUCGCUUCGCUUCGCGGUUAUGUCUCCCGUCAGCGAGGAGGUGGAAGCGGGGAACGCUCCGUCCUCCGCUCCGCAAGAAAGCGAGUCAGCGGGCGAGGACGAGCCGAAAAAGUGGAACGGGGAAUGGUGCCCGCGGGAAGCCUCGCACGCCUCCGGGGUCGCAGAACUUGACUUGGUGGCUGGGCUCGGGGCGACGCAGAGUCCUUCCGAGAAGGCGGCGGAGCAGGGCGAGCCGCCGCUGUCGCGAGUGCACCCGGAGACGGCUGAGCCGCCGGAGGGAGGCUGGGGCUGGGUGGUCAUGCUGGCCUCCAUGUGGUGCAACGGGACCGUCUUCGGGAUCCAGAACUCGUGCGGGAUCCUCUUCAAGUCCUUGCUGACGGAAUUCGGAGACCCCCAAGACGAGCAGUUGAGGUUCAGGACAGCAUUGGUGAAUUCUUUAUCGAUGGGGAUGAUUUUCUUCUGUUCUCCCAUUGUCAGUGUAUUUACCAACAUAUUUGGUUGUCGAAAAGUAGCUGUAGUAGGAGCAGCUGUUGCUUUCGUUGGGCUCCUUUCAAGCUCCUUUGUAAGCUCACUUGGACCUCUAUAUUUCACAUAUGGAAUCUUGCUUGGCUGUGGCUGCUCAUUUAGCUAUCAGCCAUCCCUGGUCAUUUUGGGACAUUAUUUCAAGAAGCGCCUGGGACUAGUAAAUGGCAUUGUUACCGCUGGGAGUAGUUUAUUUACUAUAACACUGCCUUUUCUUUUAGAUGAACUGGUCAGUUCUGUUGGCCUCUAUUGGACUUUUCGAAUCCUAUGCAUUUUUUUAUUUAUUCUCUUCCUGGCUGGCUUUACUUACAAGCCUAUCAUGCCUAAUAACAAACAAAGUGAAAAAGGGAAGAAGUUCAAAUUACCUCCAGCGAAAGAACUGUGCAAUUUUUCCAUUUUCAAAAUUCUGAGUUAUAGAAUCUGGGCUCUGGGGAUUCCAGCUGCUUUAUUUGGAUAUUUCAUACCUUAUGUUCAUCUACUAAACCACGUGAAAGAACGUAUUGGUGAACAUGUUCCAGAUGUGACACUUCUGCUUUGUCUUGGCAUUACUUCAGGAAUUGGUCGACUGGUCUUUGGCAGAAUUGCAGAUUAUAUUCCUGGUGCAAAAAAGGUUUAUCUACAGGUGAUAUCCUUUUUGUUAAUUGGCCUGAUGUCUAUGAUGAUCCCGUUAUGCAAAUCCUUUGAAGCUCUUAUUGUUGUCUGCCUUAUCAUGGGCCUUUUUGAUGGAUGCUUCAUUUGUAUCAUGGCACCCAUUGCUUUUGAGUUAGUUGGUGCACAUCAUGUUUCUGAAGCAAUUGGAUUCCUUUUGGGCUUGAUGUCUAUACCAAUGACAGUUGGCCCACCUAUUGCAGGAAAGUUACGGGAUCACCUAGGCACUUAUGAUGUGGCAUUCUACCUAGCAGGAGUUCCACCUAUUAUUGGAGGAGCUAUAUUAUGUGCUAUCCCAUGGGUGCAUGAAAAGAGGAAACGCAAAGAACAAGCUACACCUGUGAAUGGAGAAACCACAGAAAAAAUGCUAGAAAUGAACACCCCCCCUGUAUUGGACUCAUAUGAGAAACCUAGCAAAGAAUCAGAAUCUGUUAUUUAAUAUUGCUAUUUUUUUCUACCAGAUUGAAUUUAUUUUUAUAAAAUUAGGUAGCUUUCUGUUUAUAAACUGAGUGAUCAUGCUUUUUGGCAAAGCUAUGGCGAGCAGUGUGGAAAUAGUAUCAAGAAAUCUUUUCAGCUGUUUUUGGUUGCAUUUACAAAAUACGUUUCCACUUUUAUAUGACCAAUGUUAUAACUGAAUAUAUUCUAGUGAAUGUGUAGGUAGAGAUAUAUGAAUGUAUAUUUGGGAGUCAAGAUCUGUCCUGUCUUAUCAGCUGAUUUCCUCCCAAUCCCUUCACUUUUAUAAUCUGUCCAGCAGAGUGAUUCAGCUGGAAUUUUUAGUAGCAUCUAGUGGUUUUAAAACUAUUACUGCUAAUUUUUAAAAGUUCCGGGAAUGUAGAUUCAGUGUUUUUAAAAUUGUGGUAAUUGUUUUGCAAAAUGACAUCUGCUCUAUAGAGUGCUACCAAGUUCAAUAGUUUACAAUGCCUCAUUGCGUGGUUUGCUUCUUGGUGAAGUUUUGGCCUUUUUUGAUUCAGUGCAUGGUAUAUUGCUUCUGAAGGGAAUAUAAGGUCCAGCUUAAUCCAAAUGCAUACCAAUACCUAACACUGUGAUGGCGAACCUAUGGCACACGUGCCAAAGAUGGCACACGUGCCAAAGGUGGCACCCACGUGGCUGGGUGGCAUGUGCGCCAUCACCCCAAGUCAGAUCUCCGUGGCGUUUCUUUCAUGAGCUUCUGUCCCUGCAAACGACGAAACAGAAGCUCAUGAAAGAAAAAGAUCUUACCUCUUGUCGCGCUGCCAGUGUUGGGAUGCCCCACCUCCUCCCGGUCAGCUGGUCUUCAGGUCUCUGAUGCAUGUGUCGCUAUGCACGCACAUGUCUGCGUGCAUAUGCAUGCACCUUUCAGUUUGGGAUGCGUGCACACAUAGUUUGGGCACUCAAUGUCUAAAAGGUUUGCCAUCACUGACCUAACAUAACUUACAAUUGGAGCAUUUAUUUUUACAAUAUUGAUAUGUGCAGGAUAAAACAGAAUAGUAUAAUGUAAUACUGACACUUAUUAGUUUUCUGUAAAUUUUCUGUUGCUUAAAUUUUUUUUUCAUGUGUAUAUGGGAAAGUAUGUGCUGAAACACAUUUAGUGCCUAGGAAUUAUAGUUCAAGCAAUUAUUUGUUAAUAAGGUUUUAAAAUUACAGGUAGUCCUCACCUUAUGACCAUAACUGGGAUUGCAACUUUUGUUGCUAAGUGAAGCAGUUAUUAGAUGAGUCACGGCCAAUUUUAUGACCUUUUUGUCAUGAUUGUUAAGCGAGUCACAUGGUCAUUAAGUAAAUCCGGCCUCACCCACAGACUUUGCUGGUUAGAAGCCCCCUAUGAAGGUUGUAAAUGAUGAUCACGUGAACCAGGACAAUGCACCUGUUGUAAAUACAUGCCAGUUGCCAAACACCCCAAUUGUAAUCACUGUGGGGAUUCUACAAUGGUUGUAAAUGUAAGCACCAGUUGUAGCUCAUUUUUUUCAGUGCCUUUGUAACUUCAAGUAGUUGCUAAACAAAUGGUCAUAAAUCAAGGACUAUCUGAACAUAUGUUAAGUACACUGACAUGAAUUUUUCAGUUAUAUUUGCAUGUUUUUAUUAUUGAUUCGAGAGUUCAGCAAUUUUACAUGUGAAUUGCUUUCUCUGUUGUUUUAUUUUCCAAUCAAAAGAUAUAUUUAAGAUAGCAUUAAUUAUUCAAGUUUCAGUACUGCCGUGCAUCUCUCUGGUCCUUCCUGUGCAAUCGCAGAGUUAUUAAAAAUAACAAUCCUGUGGAUGAAGGCCAAAUUCGGAUUCUAUCUUGUUCAGGUCCUGUACUCUGCACCAACAGCAGAAACAAGCAGGAUAGAUAAUGAGAAUGACAUGGCAACACCCACAUGGGUUUUCUCUCAGUAUUUUGAAAUUAAAGCUGCAUUUGGCUGAAUAGAUGUGGUGCCUUUCCAGGUCUUGUGGUAUUCUAUCCUUUUUUCUCAACAGACACAUUUUGCAGAAUCCAGUUCAUCUUGGCAGCUCUUUAGGCCUCUAGCUAAAGGAUGUAAACUGACCAUCAAUUAUGUACUGUGUACAUACUCAUACUUUUUUUCACCUGCAGUAAGCAACAUUAUGCAGUGUGCAAAAUAAGAAAUAGUGAGCCUGUCAAAUUAAAGCCUUAAGAUAAGAAACAUGUGACUAAACCUGAUUUGGUUUCAUGCUAAAGUAUUUAAUCACUUCAAGUCAUUUCACUCUAUUUCUCCACCUAGUCUCCAAAGCACUUUAAGAAGCAAUGAAUGGAAACUAAUCAAGGAGAGAACCAACCUAGAAUUGACAGAAAAAUUAAUCAGUGGAAUGACUUGCUUCCAGAAAUUGUAAAUGCUCCAACACUGGAGGUUUUUAAGAAGAGAUUGGACAACCAUUUGUCUGAAGUGGUAUAAGUUUUUCUACUUGACCAGGCGGCUGGAUUAGAAGUCUUCCAAGGUCUCUUCCAACUCUGUUAUUACGUUAUUCUGUUUGAGAAUAGAAUGGUAUUUGACCAUUUUCACCCAUUUCUAAAAUAAUAUUUUUAGUUUCAUCAAAGCUUUUCCUUUGCCUUUUUCAUUCUUGAAUGCAUCUUGUUCUAUUUGACUACAUUUUUUCAACUAUAUGUUUUCCUUUUUACAUUAUAAAUCUACCAACUACUCUUUUUAUAUUUUCUAUUAGCAUUACAUCACAUACUUCUGCGGCACUCAAUGAUUGAUUACUUAUGCACCAUCAAAUGAGUGUUGACUCUUAUCAGCCGGAUAGAUACAUUUUCUCCAUGACAGCCUGCCCCUAACCUGAUCUUUCAGCAUCAGUGUUUUUGUUCUGUUCCAUUGUCAAGAUCCUUUCACCUGAUGUACCCUUUUCAUUCAUAUUUUUCAUGGAGGACUUAUUAUCCUCCUGCGGUCAUUCUAGUUUUAGUCAUAUUUUGUUUUAGGGUUUUCCCCAUUAAGUUCUCUUUUCUCUCAAAUCCAUUCUUUACACUAUUCAAAAAUAUGUGGUAGUUUCAUAAAUACAACCUCUCUAUAUCCGUACAUUCUUUAUUACUUUUCUUAACCUUUCAUCAUAAUCAUUUUUGCACAUGAACUACAUAUUUGCAACAGAUUUUUCUAAGCAUUUACCAGUUACCAUUCUCGUUUGUUCUUGGGUCUCUGAAUUGCUCAUUUAGUUUUUUGUGUUCUCUCACUUUGUUCAAACCCCUCACUUUGUUGAUGUUACCCAACAAAAUAAUUUUUCCUACAUCAUAUUCAUUCAGAACAUCGCACAAUUUUACUAAAACUCAUCGCUGGCAUGUACACCAUAUUUUUUUUAAAAUUUACAUUUAUAUCCCGCCCUUCUCCGAAGACUCAGGGCGGCUUACAGUGUGUAAGGCAAUAUAUUUGUAUAUAUUUGUAUAUACUUUGUAUAUAUUUACAAAGUCAACUUAUUGCCCCCCCAACAAUCUGGGUCCUCAUUUUACCUACCUUAUAAAGGAUGGAAGGCUGAGUCAACCUUGGGCCUGGUGGGACUAGAACCUGCAGUAAUUGCAGGCAGCUGUGUUUUAAUAACAGGCUAUCUUACAGCCUGAGCCACUCAAGGACCCUUUACUAGAGCUAUUGUCUCAAGGACCCUUUACUAGAGCUAUUUACUAGAGCUAUUGUCAACCUACAGAAUCUUAAUUUUUUAAGUAUAACAUUUUUUUGAUAGCAAUUCAUCCUUUCUGACAUAGAUUUUAGGCUUCAUUUGUCAUUAUAUCUCCUCUGCACGUAUUCAUCAACUCCAGAAUAUUAGAGUAACUUCAUUCACUUCUUGAUUUUUGUUUGGUUUAAGAAAAUCCUGUCCAGAAUGAGACAUUUUGUCAAUCCGCUGGCAUUGAGUCCUAACAAACCACCACAUCCUCCCACUGCCAAUUCUCUUGCUGAAGUACUAUCUCCCAUUUUUCUGUUCUAGGAAAGUAGUUUCUAAUUCCUUUUUCUGGGUGGGUCUUAUGGGGCAUAUAUGAAUAGAUAGAAGACAGAUAAGCAGAAUUGAUAAAUACAACGUUGAAGCUCAAAAUGCCUAUACAGGCACAACAACCAGAUUUAAAGUAAAUUCAUACUAUUCUGUUGAUCUCCAACAGCCUUUAGAGUGAAUUUUAGCAAGAAGGCUGUAUUAGCAGUUUUUCACUAUUUUUACAGUCAUGAAGUAGAAAGCAAACCUUUGGACCUGAGGGUUAAAUCCUACUACCCUAAGUGACUGGAAAAAUGAAGAAUGUUGCAAUCUCCCAGGGAAAUAUAAAUGACUCAGGGAAAUAUAAACCGUGGAACCAGCAACCUUCUACCAUAUUUAUUAACAGUGUUAUAAACAUUGUAUUAUUGUAGCAUUCCUGGUCAAGAUGGUUCUGGAACACGGACAGAGUAACCAUUGAUUCAGCUGUGAGGGUCACUCUUGCCUUUAAUAUAUAGCCAAUGAACUGCUGGGAUUAGUAUUAAAGGACAUCAGCCAAAGCAGACAGGAGUGCCUGGUAACAGGGCAGGGCAGAUAAGCCCUUGGUUUCACAGACAUAUAACAUACCUAUAUUUGCUUCUUUCAUUUAAUCAAUUAAUCCAUGCUCUUUAUCAUUUACUUUUAUAUUCCAAGUCACAAUCUAACAUAUGUUGUCACUAGAUGAGCCCAUAACAACUCAACACUACCACUCUACUUGUCUUUCUAAAAAAAAUGUAAGCAAAGCCAUUUUACACUAAAUGCAUACAUGCUAUGUGAUGCAAGCUAAGUUAUCUACGGUCUAAGAGACUAGCUUGCAUGCCAACAUACUGUUGCUUGCAUCCCACUAAAUAAAAGAUAUACAAUAUUUUAGCACGCAUUCAGCAAACUGCAUGCCACUCGGCAAAAUUCUAGAAAGACCCAAGUUGCUGUGGCCUCCAGUUCUGAUGACUUAUUUAGGGGUGAUCUUGGUUUUUUGGCUUUUGCUUGAGAAGUCAUCUUGUGUACCAAUUGCAUUGAAAAAAUGUCUGUUUCUCUGGGCAUUGGGUAUUAUGAUUAUACAAGGUAUUUAAUCGUUUUUCAGUGGUUUAUAAUUUUCAUUUGGCUUCAUUUUCUUCUAUUUUCUGUUGUUUUAUCUGGUUCCUGUUUCUUGCUUUACUUCUAUGUAAGCCACUCAAAGUCACAAGCUCUGAAUUGGGCUGCCAUAGCCAGUAAAUUGAUUAUCUAAAUAAAUGUGAUCAUUACAGCAUCUUUGUCUUUCUAGUGUUUUUUUUAGCUCCAGGACUCUUGUGAAGCACAGAAAUGUAGCAAAUGAAUUUAAAUGGCUUCUUCAAAGGAGAUUCAAAAGCACUGAACAGGCGAAAGUUACCUCUUACCUUUUAUUUACCAAUAAAAAAUACCCAUGGAAUGGCUUCUGUUCAUAUCUAAGAUUUUUGCUUAUUUAUUAGAAAUAGUAAGGAGGUGCUUCAAUCAAUUUUAUGCUGUUUAUGGAAGAGGAACAUAUACAAUAAAGGAUUUCAUUUCUGA